AUGGCCGCCCCUUACCCAUCCCCAACCUCCACGUGGCGCAACAACACGUACGAGUCCCUCUCGCCAACCCGCCCCGAGCUCUCAGCCAAGGGCAAGACGGUGCUCAUAACAGGAGGGGCCACCGGCAUCGGGGCCGAGACAGCCCGCACCUUUGCCGAAGCGGGGUCGUCGCGGAUCGCCCUGGUCGGGCGCCGGGAGCAGCCGCUUCUCGAAACGCAAGCGGCCAUCCAACGCGAGUUCCCCGGCGUGGCCGUGUUCGUGGCGCCGGCCGACGUCACGCGGAAGAGCGAGGUGGACGCGGCCUUUGCCGGGUUCCUGGGCGGCGACGGGACGCUCGACGUGGUGGUCAGCGGCGCGGCCGUGAUAGGCCCGUUCGAGCCCGUCGGCGAGGUCGACGGCGAGCGACUCAUCGACACCGUCAACGCCAACCUCAGGGGCGCCUUGUUCGAUGCCGUGGUGGUCAAUGUCUCGUCGUCAGCGGCUCAUGUCAACUUUGGGCCUGGCCUUGCUGCCUACAGUGUUGCUAAGAUGGCUGCCGUGCGGCUCUGGGACUCGUUGGGUUCUGCGAACCCCGGGCUGAGCGUCUUCCAUCUCCAGCCUGGGGUGGUGGAUACGGAUAUGAAUAAGGAAGUGGGGGGUGUUAAGGCUCUGGGCAACGAGGACCACGUUUCCCUGCCGGCCACCUUCAUUAUUUGGCUUGCUAGCCCCGAGGCGCGUUUCUUGACGGGCAAGUUUUUGUGGUCGAACUGGGAUGUGGAUGAACUCAAAACUCGCCGCAGCGAGUUGGAGUCGAGCCGGAUGCUCAAUGUUGAUCUUGUGGGGUGGCCGUUUGGGGAUACCAGCUUCAAGGCUGGAUGGAGUAGUGAUUAACUAGACGCUGCACGUUGAUGUAUCUGCACAAAGUCCGAGGAGGCGCAAUCAUCUUUUCUUAGCUCUCUCUGCAACUGUGGUUUGGUAGUUCGGAGAAAAGAGUUCAGACCACUGCCAAGUUCGAACAAGCAAGCAAAUCCUCAUUAGGCGGG